GUUCGCAGUGCUGCCGCUGUUGCUGCUUUUUGCUCCUGCUCGACUGUGGCUAGCGAGUGACUGUAGCCCAUGAAUGGUCCACAAAGCAAAUAGUUGUGUGUUCUCUGUGGAACUGAAAAGCGAAACUUCACAGGCACCAAGCAGGCCUCUUUCUCUUUUUAUCAGUUACUGAAAAGACCCCAGUAUCGCCCGUUGGAUGAGAACAUUGUGUGCGGAAUUAGAGCCACUUAGCAGGCCGUAUCGCCAUUGCUUUGUAAGGCUGCUGGCUAGCUACCGUCUCCUUCUACUAGCAAAACUGUUCGUGAAUCGGAGCAACACGGAGCGUCAAGAUGAAGAAGAAAGCUCGGCAGCACCGGGCUGCGGUGCCGCAGAGGCCGCCGUCUCCCAUCAAGCCCUCCCCCAACAAGCAGAUCUUGACUUACGCCCAGGCGCAGCGCAUGGUGGAGUUCGAUAUCGAUGGCCGCAUCCAUCGGAUCAGCAUAUAUGACAAGCUGGACGUGAUCUCGGAUGAUGACCCCAUGGUGCAGGAGAUGAUGGAGUGCACCAGUAAUAAGGAGAAUGCUGAGAAACCCCAGCAGCAGGUCCUCCUGAGGUCAGUGAGACUAAAAAACAACCAGGAGAAGAGAAAUGCAGCACUGGGCAUCACUGGACAUGGAGAGGGAGGCGGACAGCACGCCGGUGUCAAUGCUGGACCAAAGCUUCCAGAGCCUAAAUUUCGUACAGUGGAGUAUAAUCUUCCAGCGGUUCCUAAGCGGACAGCUGCCUUUUAUAAAUACACAGAGAAGACAGAGGAGGAGCUGGAUGAGGAAACAGAGUAUGACAUGGAUGAGGAAGAUUAUUCCUGGCUGGACUUGGUCAAUGAAAAACGUAGAAGUGAAGGGGUCAGUCAAGUCUCUCACAAUGUUUUUGAGUUCCUCGUCGACCGCUUUGAGAAAGAGUUGUAUCUAGAGAGUCUGGAUCAAAGCAGUGAAAAACAAGCUCCCAUUGAUGAGGAUGCCGUCUGCUGCAUCUGCAUGGAUGGAGAGUGUCACAACAGCAACGCUAUCCUGUUUUGUGACAUGUGCAAUGUGGCUGUGCACCAGGAAUGUUACGGUGUGCCCUACAUUCCUGAGGGCCAGUGGCUCUGCAGACACUGCAUCCAGUCAUCCACUCAGCCUGCAGACUGCAUACUUUGUCCUAACAAGGGUGGAGCCGUGAAAAAGACAGACGACGGCCGCUGGGGCCAUGUGGUGUGCGCCCUCUGGGUGCCUGAGGUCGGCUUCUCCAACACCACCUUUAUUGAACCCAUUGACGGUGUCAGCCACAUUCCUCCAGCUCGCUGGAAGCUCACCUGCUACCUCUGCAAGCAGAAAGGUGUCGGAGCAUGCAUCCAGUGCCACAAAGCCAACUGUUACACCGCUUUCCAUGUUAGCUGUGCCCAAAAGGCUGGCCUCUUUAUGAAGAUGGAGCCAAUCAAAGAGGUGACGGAAACAGGGGAGCCCACAUUCUCUGUGAAAAAGACGGCCUACUGUGGCGCUCACACACCUAAUGGUUGCAUAAGGAGGCCUCUUACCAUCUAUGAUGAUGCCAAACCCAAAAACGGACUGUGUAAGAAAGUGGACAAAGGGAGAGGCGCUGGUAAAGGACAGUCCAAAGGGAAGCAGAAGAAGAAGAGCAAGAGUAAGAAGCCUGAGCCUGAACCUGAAAGUGAAGAAGCAACUCCCGCUACUGUGCCUACUUUUCCUGCUCACAGGUUACAAACCAUUCUGAACCAGGUGUCAGUCCAGAAGAAGAAAGCAUUUGUGGAGCUGGUCCUAAAUUACUGGACACUAAAGAGGCAAUCGAGGAAUGGGCUUCCGCUCAUCAGACGCCUUCAGACAAGCCUGCAGUCUCAGAAGAAUGCACAGCCGGUUUGUUCAUCUAGGCAGAAUGAGGAGGAGAGCAGGGCACUGAAGGACCAGCUGAAGGAGUGGCACCGUCUCCGACACGACCUGGAGAGGGCCCGACUGCUGCUGGAGCUAAUCCGCAAGAGGGAGAAGCUCAAGAGGGAAGAGAUUAAACAGCAGGAGGCCCUCCUAGAGAUGCAGCUGACUCCCUUCAGUAUUUUGCUCAGAGUCCUUUUGGACCAGCUCCAGACAAAAGAUCAGGCCAGGAUCUUCACCCAGCCGGUUGAUGUCAACGAGGUGCCUGACUACCUCGACCACAUCAAGCACCCAAUGGACUUCUCCACAAUGCGGCAGCGCAUCGAUGCGCAGAGCUACAACAACUUCGCGCAGUUUGAGAAUGACUUCAACCUCAUUGUUGAUAAUUGCAUGAAAUAUAACUCGAAGGACACUUAUUUCUACCGGGCUGCCGUUCGGCUCCGAGACCAGGGCGGGGUCCUGCUUAGAAAGGCCCGGCGAGACGUGGAGAAAAUUGGCUUUGACGCGGAAAGCGGCAUGCACCUGUCCGAAGCUCCUGAAAUCAAAGCACCACCAUCCUUUUCUUGGGAGGACGUGGACCGCCUACUGGUGCCGGCCAAUCGGGACCGUCUUUCCCAGGACGAGCAGCUGCAGCAGCUCCUGGAGAAGUUUGACCUGACCUGUGCCAUGAAGUCCAGCCCCUCCCGCAGCAAGCGCCUGAAACUGCUCAAAAAGACCAUCAACGAUGUGCGCAAUGAAAUUAGCCUGAAGAGAGUCCUACCCUCCCACCACCACAGUUCUUCCUCCACAGCUCCCUCCACAUCAGCGUCAUCUUCAUCCGCUGCCUCCCACCCAGAGCUCGCUAAACCUAAAGAAGAGAGAUUGAAGCCCAAUGGGCAUUUUCCAGAUGAUGAGGGAGACAAGUCUCUUCCUCCUAAACUGGAGCUUUCAGACUCCAUCCCUCCCCUCAUCCACUCAGACACAGACCCUGGGCCCCCCACCCUCAAACCAAUCGAUGCCGCCCCAGACUGUGAAGACAAGGCUCACAGCAAGUGCGUCAAGUUUGACGGAGAAAUACCAGACCUGCUGUCCGCUGCGCCGCGCCUCAACGGCUACUCCCACGACAGCCUCCAGAACUCUCUGCUGGACGGAGACGUGAGCGUGGUUGCCACGUCGACGCUCGCCGAGCCCACGGGCACCGUCAACCGCCGCACCGCCGUGCUCUUCCGCAAGUCGAAGGCCGCCAGUCCACACAAGCCCCCGAGGGGCGGAGACGAGGGGGCCGAGAGAGCGGACGGACGUGAGAAGGGUGGGGAGGAGGAGGAAGAUGAAGACGGCGCGCAGCUGGGCUCCAAAUCCUUCCUGUCUGUGGUCAUACCCAGGCUGGAGACGCUACUUCACAGCAAGAAGAGGAAGCACAGCAGCAGCAGAGACAGCGAGGAGGAGGAAGGAGAGCAUGAAGAGGAGGGAGAGUCCCCUGUUAAACGACGGGACACCGGCCUGUCCGAUGGUUUUCUGGAGGUGGAAGAGGAGAAGGAGCUACAAGAAUCGAGUAGAUCCAGUAGACCGGUGGAGCCACGAAGACGCUGCGCCUCUGAGUCCUCCAUCUCCUCAUGUAGCAGUCUGCAAGGAAGCACCAGCACUAUUCUCAGUCUUCCAAAAUGUGGGAAGGGGAAACCUGCCUUGGUCCGGAGAAACACUGUGGAUGAUAAGAGCGAAUUAAUCGCCUGCAUCGAAACCGGAAAUUUUGCAAAAGCUGCACGAAUCGCCGCUGAGGUUGGCAACAGCAAUAUUUGGAUGCCCGCUAGUGCUGCAACAGUUGCAUUGGAACCCCUAAAGCUAGUUUGGGCCAAAUGUAGUGGAUACCCUUCCUACCCUGCCUUGAUCAUCGACCCCCACAUGCCGCGCGUGGGCUGCCAGCACAACGGGGUGUCCAUCCCCAUGCCCCCCAUGGACGUGCUCCGCAUUGGAGAACAGAUGCAGUACAAAGCCGAAGAGAAACUCUACCUCGUCCUCUUCUUCGACAACAAGCGCAGCUGGCAGUGGCUUCCUAGGUCCAAGAUGGUCCCUCUGGGGAUGGACAAGACCAUAGACAAAAUCAAAAUGAUGGAAGGACGCACGUCCAGCAUUCGCAAGGCUGUCCAGGUCGCCUUCAGCCGCGCCAUGAACCACCUGAGCAUAGUGCAGGACGAGCCAGUCAGCGACCUCAGUGACGUGGACUGAUGGCGCUCGCUGCCUUUCUCCCCCCUCACACACACACACACACACACACACAAACGUGUACCUCUCCUGUACCAAAUACCCUCCUCCCUCCUCUCUUGUCUCUGCAGGAGACUCAAAUGUUUACUGUGCACCUGCUGUAACAGGUGGUGUCUCUCCCUCGUCCAUUCCUACUCACACACACUCCUACCAUGUGCCGAUGGGAUACGGCUGCUGCUGAACUGAAUGUGUCUAUCUUCUCCUCUCCACCUCCAGGCUUGUUAUUGUGCUUAGAGACUGCUCUUUUUUUUUUGUGUACCCACCCUCCCCAUCAUUUUCAUUCAACAUUUCAAGACACACAAAUACAAAAGCGUUGAUACAGUUUGGUCACCUGUCUGACUGCGUCCAAUCAGGACUUCGUGUUAAGACAAGAUUUUAAAUUUUGGCUGCGACGUUUCUCAACUCGCUCCGUUAUUUGGCAGGUAGCCAAUCAUCAUUUCUCUCACAAGUUAUUAAAACAAGGAGGAUGUAGUAGCUGAUGAAUUCGCUAAAGUGGACAAAAACGUACAUUUCCUGUCAAAUGUUUAGUAGCCAAAGCCUAUGUUUUAUGUCAAGGUCACAUUUACAUACCGGUCAUCUCCAUCAAGUACCUUUCUUUGUAUUUAAACUGUAAAUAAUCUGUACAGCUGCCUGACACUAACUUAUUUUGUAGUUUUGACAUAAAUGGGUACUGUACAGGAGUUUUCUUAGUAUUUAUACUUGAUGCAUUCUUGGCGCAAAGGAGGGAGUGCUAUUUUGCCAGUGCUGUAUGAUCAAGAAGGCUAAAAAAAAAGGUGCAACAGCCUUAGUAUUGAGGAGAUUAGGGCUAAAAUAUCAUGUUUCUUAAAAGUAUGAAAGUAUUCCCUCUCUCAUUUUUUAAGUUAUUGAAGUUUAUAAUCGUAAGCUUCCAUUUGGCAUUAAUCCUUUUUGUAUUAAAAAUAGUUUUCAUAUAUUUUUGUUCAUAUAUAUUUAUAUGAUUUGAAUACACGGUGAUACAGUAUGUAAGUCUGUGAAGCUGAUACUGGCAGUCUGAUGUUGUGGACAUGGAACGUAUAUUGUUCUCAAGAAACCAAAAAUGUCGCUACCCAGAAGUUUUUUGCUGAUUCAUUUUCCGUGUGACGUGUGAAAUUGUUGCCAAAAAAAAAGAGAAAAAAAGUAAAGUGUAUUUUUAUGUGAUAACAUUUGACUGUUACUUGGUUUCGCUGUAGUCGUAGGGAGCCGUGCCUGCGUUAACUUAUUGUAAAGUAUCUGCAUUACUUUAUAUUCGAGGAAAGACAUGCAAACUGAUUGUGGUAAAGUGGCACAUUUUGUGGUGGAUACUUGCCUUCUUUUUAAGUAACCUUUUCUAACUUGUUUUGUAGUAGUAGACUUCGGGACAUUUCAUUAUAUACUCUUGCCUAUUUUUUCUGGGUAGCGUUGGGUAGUUUUGGUAUAUUUCAUUUUGUACUUAACUGUAGUAGUUUUUUUAAUCAGGUCAUCUGAAAUAUUGCUGGGACUGUUUUUUUUGUAGCAAAGGAAAAAUAAAAGAUACAAAUAUCAA